AUGCCGCAGCAGCCAUUGUCAGCAGCUAUCCGUACGCUGGGCCUACCCGAAAUUUCGUUCAGGAUCGCUCACCUUCUGCAGACAAAGGAUGCUCUCGCUUUCUCAGCUGUCUCCCGCUCCUUAUAUUAUUCUCUCACACCAUUUCUUUGGCAGGAGCUGCACAUUGGUAAAACUGAGGAAUAUGAAGACUUGGAGCUUCAGAAGCCACUCUUCACAGGUUACAAAAGACAUAUCUCACUCAAAUCUGUGAAGCUCCCUGCAGAGCCUUUGGAGCGCCAGAGGCUUUUGCAAGGCGUCUUUGGAAACAAGGUCUCGCUGAUACGGUCUCUCCAUAUCCUUGAUGAAGAUGAUAUCGACGCUUCGUUCAUACUAGGGGAGAUGUGCACUAGUAUCGAAUCUGUCACUAUCCAUGGCUACUUCACAACCAAGUCAACUGACAUAAAUUUCAAUAAGGAUCAGAUCAAGCGCUGCAAGAUAAUGUUGGAUGGUCUUAGGCCGGGAGAAUCGAUUUGGAACCCACUCCUAAAAUGUCAUAAAGCCCAGAAUUUGUGUUCGAUGACUUUGAGGUGCUGCUCCAUCCGAGGGCGGCAUCUUAAAGCCAUGUGGGCAGUCUUCGCUCAACUCGAAAGAUUGGUGCUCUAUAAAACUACUUUUGAUUUGGAACAUGGAACCAUGUCUCUCAAAGAUGAAAACAGGAGUGAAAAGCGAGUGAGGUUUCCGCGGCUGCAGGAGUUUGAACUUUGGGGCUCACGUACAACAGAGCAAUGGCUGGAUCUCGAGCUACUAAUCGGGCAGUGCCCAGUACUCCGGAAGUUGAACUGGGUGAUUGAUGAUCUGUAUGUCAGUAUUUUACAAGCCGCCAAGCGUCCACUUGACCGCUUAGAGAUGGACAUCACUGGCCACCGCACCGACACUUUCAACUUGCUUCGAACGCAUUUUGAAACUAUUCAAACAAUCAGUUUAAAAUGCUGUUCCGAUAACACGGGUGAUUGGAUCAUUGAGGUGUUGACAUCAUGCCCCGCUCUAGAGUGUUUUAAUGGUAUGAGCAUUACCGCGAAGCAGAUUAUCGAAUCCAAGCCUUGGGUCUGCCACCGAUUACAAAAGUUGAGCCUCUUUAUAGAUAUGGGAUUCGAGGAUAAUGCGUUGACACGUCGAUGGACUAUUGAUGAGCUGGAGCAAUGUCGAAAGGUUUUUGGACUACUAGCAGCAUUGAAGAACCUACAGAUUUUGGACUUUCUCGGCUCGUUUUCAACCACGUGCGGCUAUUCGUUUUCAUCCAGGUGCGGUUAUUCGUCUUUACCUCAUAAUGCUCCUACGAACUCACGCUUCCGUCUUGUUCCUUUGCCUCUCCGGCUUAAAGCUGGCCUUGGUCUGCUCGCGGGGCUGACAAAGUUAGAGCAGGUCAGGUUUUGGGGACAACAGCAGAGAGUGCACAUGGAAGAGUUGAUUUGGAUGAAGCUGCAUUGGGCUAAUCUUAAAACUCUUGCAGGAGGAUGGUCCGUCCAAACAGGAGGGGCACAGAAGAGUGCUAAUCGAUACUUUCGUGAAGGACUCUUGCGUGAAUGGUUGAUAAAGCAUGGAAUCAGCACCUCAGGGUCCUAUUAUGUCUAUGAAUAUCACGGAAACUUUUCGUCACACGACGUUGACUGGUGUGAAGGAAGCGAUAGUGAGGAGACUAGCCAUGAUAACUAG